AAAAAGGAGGCGUUUCCCUCUAAACAACACAUCAGCUGCAAAUUUAUGCAGAGCGGUGAAAUCUGUGCUGCUGCAAAAAGAGGAGCAAGAGAGAAAAUAAAAAGAGGCACACACAGCGGGCACCGCGUUCCCCAACCGCCCGGGAGGCCGCAGAGUCCGCCGCGGGGAUCUGGAGCCAGAGAGCGGCUGAGGAACCCCGAAGCGGUGACGGUCUUCUUUCUGCUCAUCUGCAGCAAUGGAGGCGGAUGGAGAGCAGAACCAGCAGGGAGGCUCAGCCAAUGGGAGCACACCCUCUGGGACGAGCUCCCGCCCCUCCCCGAUGAACUCCAUGUCUGCCUAUGAGAGGCAGGCGGUUCAGGCCCUUCAGGCUUUGCAGAGGCAGCCUAAUGCAGCCCAGUACUUCCAGCAACUGAUGCUGCAGCAACAAAUCAACAGCGCCCAGCUGCAGAAUCUGGCUGCUGUGCAACAAGUCAAGGCAACCCUGGCAGCCAGUCGCCAGUCUAGUCCCUCCAGCAGCUCUUCUCAGACCACCAGCACUACAGUAGCCAGUGUAACAUCUGGAGCAGGUUCUACAACCGGCAGCCGUCCUAUAGGUGCUUCAGCAACCUCCACCAUCAGUCAGUCUGUGCUGCUCAGCGGGGCAGCAGGCGGUCAGGGACAAAUGUACCUGAGGGUCAAUCGUUCCCUGAGGACCCCCAUGCCCCCUCAGCUCAUCUUUAUGCCUGGCAGCACAGCAACCGCUGCUGUGGCGACCGUUGCCCAGCAACCACAGAGUCAGCAGCAGCAGGAAGUAACACCAGCUUCCUCCUCCGGAAGCCAAUCAGAUAACGACCAGGCCCAGAAUCUCGCCAUCCGAGGCGUUUCCAGUCCCAAAGGUGUUAAAACUGAAGCUCCAGAAAGGAGCGACUCAGGUGCCUACUCUCUGGUCCAGCCGUCCCACCCAUCAAACCCACAGUCCCCAACCAAACCCAGCCCACAGACUCCUCACAUCAAAAUCCCCACCUACCCCCAGCCUACUAACCUUAAAGCACACCCCACCUCUUCGUCCGGUGCCUCCUCCUCUUCCUCUUCCUCCACGUCCUCCAUCCCUCUCUCCCAGCUCCUGCUCCAUGGAACUCGAACACUAACCACAGGGACAACAGCUCCCACAGCAGCGCAUGCGCUGGUCCUGACGUCCAAUGCAACGUCGCAGGCCCACGCGUACCCGGUAGGGACGGCGACCAUCAAGCCUGCAGUCAACGCUCAGACUCUGGUGGUUCAGCCUUUGCAAAAGGCGGCUUUAAACACAGAGAAAUCAGGCCAUGCAAACGGACCCAUUCCCAUCCAACCCAAGACUUUGCAGAGCCUCCGUUUGCCUCUACAACUUUCCUCCAGAAACCCGCCUCCCAUUUUGCCUGCCCCACCGCCUGCUAGCAGCUCUAACCAUCCUUCCCAGCCUCCGCAUAUCCCGGUCCAGAUAGUGGGGGCCAGGCAGAGCUCACUGGGAGCCCCCCAGGCCCUAGCCCUUGCCCGUGGAAGCUGCAACCAGGAAGGGGCCGUCCUCAGCAGCUCAUCCAGCCUCCUCACCAUGGUGGCCUCCAUUGCCUCCAGAGAAGGGGGGGUUGUUGACAGAGGGGUGGGGCUUAAGACUCUUCAGACGCCCCAGGAGGGUCCGCCCACAGCUCAGGCUCCUCAAGUGCAACCCCAGACCAAUCAAAGCUCUGCUGUAAAUCAGAACGGAGCUUCAGCUCCAAGCCCCGCCUCCUCUCAGUCGUCAGCCAUUACAGCUCCUCCCACCUCGCAGUCUCGUUCCACACAGUCCCUCCCCCAGGGCGCCGAGGAGCAGAGAAGAGCAGGUUUGACGGCUAACGGAGACUCGUCAGGAGGUCAGACUCCACAGGGAAAGCAGACGAGUGUUUCCCUAAAGAGGAAAUCAGAUUCCGCCUCAGCAAAUGAUGAAGACGGUCCGUCUCCUCCACGGCUGCAGCCAGUCAGAGAUCACAGCUCCACGCCUCCAGGCAACCCUGUCAAUGCAGGUUCUCCUCCUCCACCCUCCUCCACUGCGACCCCGAUCCUCUCCGUGUCCAGGGGACCCUGUGGUCAGGGGGAGCGGGUGUCGCCGCCUCAGGCUGUGGUCAAACCACAAGUUCUCACUCACCUCAUUGAAGGCUUUGUCAUCCAGGAGGGAGCGGAGCCGUUCCCAAUAUGUGGUCCAGCAAAAGACUCGGCUGGUGAAGAUCUAACCGAUGAUAGUCCAGACACCAACCAAUCAGAAACGGUCACUACGGCAACAGUGCUGAAGUGUGAAUACUGCAAAAACUUUGCACCUGCCAGCCAGUUCAGAGGCACCAAAAGGUUCUGCUCCAUGUCUUGCGCCAAGAGUAUGUAUUGGUUCCCCAGGUACAACGUCAGCUUCAGGCAGAACUUCACCGUGCGAAACAGUCACAGCCAGCUUCAAGAUCAGGAUCGAGCUAUGGAUCAGGACCAGGAUCAAGACCAGGGCCAAGGUCACUUAUCUAACUCCGAUGAGGAAGGAGGGAUUGCAAGGAGGAGGGUUCCUCGUAGGACUAGCUCAGAAAUAGCCAGCGCAAAGAUAGCAGGAAGGCCCGUCCCAGCAAAGAGUCGUUCAGAGUCCAGCCAUUCAGAGGAGGAGUCCAGUGGACAGGAGGAUGAAGAAGACGCCAUGUCUCUGUCACCUGCUUCCUCAGCUUCCUGUCACCAGCCGCCUCCACCGCCUGCAGCUGAGAGCGCAGCACCACCCUGCCUGCCUGCUAGCCCCGCCCACUGGACAGUGGAGGAAGUGUCACAGUUUAUUUCCUCCCUACAAGGCUGCGAGGAAAUCGCCUCCCAGUUUCUAUCGCAGGAAAUCGACGGACAGGCUUUGCUGCUGCUGAAGGAGGAGCAUCUGAUGUCCACCAUGAACAUUAAGCUGGGACCAGCCCUGAAGAUCUGCGCUCACAUCAACACCCUGAGGGACUGAUGGUCCGCUGGUUUCCGGCCCCCGCUGUGGGCUGGGAUCAGACGGUGGGAUUUUAAAGCUCUCCAGCUGAACCGAGCGCUGCAGAGUUUACGCCUGCCGUCGGCGGAGGGGGGGACACUCCUGAUUUCUCUCUGAAAGUAAUAUUUGCAGAGUUUGGCUCCGCGCUUGAACCUAAAACUGUGAUGGAUGAAGGUUUUCUCAUGAAGGCACCAACUGCUGCUCCAUCAACACAUUCAUGAAGACUUCAUUUUCUUAUUAUUUUGCACUUCUAAAGAUAAUUUGUUUUUUUUCUGACAUUUAGGAAGAUGACUCCUUUUAUUAUUAUUUCAAAUAUCUUUGGUUUUCUUGUUCAUCGUGAUUUAUGUGUCAAAUCAAGAAGAAAAAAUUUAAAUGGGAACAGAAACAGCUGAGGUAUAAAAUUUGGAAAAAAAAAAUUUUUAGAGGAGAAAAGUGUUUAUUAGCUUACUGUUACUACAAAUUAGGAAACCCUCACCUUCUAUAGGUGUGUUACCGAUAGCUAACAGGGUACAGUGAGAGAACAGGGUAUCUGAAAGGCCAGAGUGGAGUCCAAAUUAAACCAGAACCACGGCAGGUUCUGAGAGCCAUGUUGAUUUUACAGGAUGUAAAGUAGAAAAACUCAAAAAGUUUCUUUACAGCCUGAAACAGGCUGGAUUCUGCUUCGUCUUUAGGGUCUGGAUAAGUUUAAAGAAAAAAAAAAAGUUAAAAGGGAAUCAGGUUUCCUUCCCUUAACGAUAUAAUAGACUGAAGUAAGAAAAAUGAGGUGAUUACCGCCUUUUAUUUAGCUUUAAUUCACACCUUUUGAAUCUUCAAUCAUAUUUUAGGACAAACUUUUGUUUGGGUUUUUAAAAAUGGCCGCUGCUUCCAUUGCAGCCAGAGCCAGUGGAUCUGUGGCGUCCGAACAUCCGGGCUCAUAAAAGGCCUUGAACUUUGAUCAUAAUAUAAUUUAACAAUGUAACAAACAAGAAGAAAAAACACUACUUUAUUCACUGUUGGAGAAUUCAUUCCAGAUUUAGAAAAGAUAAAAAUGUGAAAUAAGAGUGGUGGAGAUUCCUAACAUAAGGCUGGAUCAGAAGCCAGCUUCUUAGCUACAGAUGAUUAAAAACCCAACCUGUUUUAAUUUUUUUUUUUUUUUUAUGCACGUCCGGGAAAGUUUCUCAAAACAAAUUUUGAAAAAGCGACGAGUUCUGUAAUGAAAGGUUUGCAGGAACCUUCUGCUGAAUGAUUCCCACGUCGUCUCUAAGCUUUAUGGAAGAUACCGACUGCUCUUUAAACGGAAACUAAAGAGCAGCGACCAACACCAGAAGGUGAAGCAUCUUUGGGCUGAACUGUUGAAGCUGUGGACCUACAUCCGUUACAGACUGAAGUGCUUCGUCGGCCAGAAUGACUGAAGCUAUACUGUAGUAAAUGUAAAAAUUUGCCUUUCUAUUUAAUUGCACAUUUGUUUGCUGGACUGCCUUGUCUUUUCAUGUUCCCUGGUGGCCUUUUUUCACUAGUCUCUAGAUUUAAAUGACUGUCUGUCAUUUUUUAACGUUUUUUCGUAUCAUUCCAUCUUUUCUAGAAAUGCCUUCAUUUUUAAAGUCACAUCCGUUGCUCUUCCCAAAGCGUGACUUAAGUAGUAGCAACCUUGAUGAAGGAAACUCCCCCGUCUUCCUUAUAGCUUUCUCAUUUAUUGUGUACUCGCCAACAAUAUUUACCUUUGUAGCUAGCUAGCUAUCCUUGGCUUUGUUGUGACUGACUGUGUCUGUUUUCUUCUAAGAAGGGAUAAUCCUUGAUUGCUGUGCGUUUUUGUUUCAGUCUGCCCACGAUUCUGGAGUAUUUCAAUUUGCUGGUCCCUCCACAUGUGAGGUUGGAUUGAAAGAUCUCAUGCACGCUGUAGUGAGCCUUUUAAUUCAGCUCUAAUGAUUUCAUCUGAUCGUUGUUCGUUUCAACAUCAAUCCAAACAAGCAGCACCUUUCUCUCCAAAAUUACCGAAGGUUCUGUAAAUCUUUUAUUUGCAAUAAUCAGAGAAAACGGCUGAAUCUUGAAGGAGUGUGUUUGACGAUGAGCGGUUAAUGCUGUAAUGAAAAUAAAUCCUCCAGGAACUGU